AUGGCGCCCUCCUUCGUUGGCAACACGGCCGAUGGACGAAGCGGCGACGUCGCUAUGAGCGGCUCCGUCGAUGGUGCUGCCGAUGGCGCCGCCACGAGCGUGGCAGCCUCUAUGACAGCCGAGACCACUGUCGACCCUCUGACGAUGCUUAGGAGCAUGCCCGAGGCUCCACAGGUCUGCCAAGUCUGCAUCGUCGGCGCCGGUCCCGCCGGCAUGAUGACGGCCGCCAAUCUCGCCCGUUUCGGUAUCAAAGUCCAGGUCAUCGACGACCGGGCAGACCCAACGCCCGUUGGAAGAGCAGAUGGCUUGCAGCCAAAGACGAUUGAGACCUUCCGGCAGAUGCGCCUGGCCGAUCCCCUUUUGCAGCGCGGUGUCCGUGUCUACGACAUCUGCUUCUGGCGCGGCACUCCCGAAAAGGAGCUGCACCGUCUGGGCCGCGAAGUCCACUACCCGACCGUCAUCGACGUGCUCGACCCCUACAUCCUGCUCGUCCACCAGGGCAUGGUCGAAAACCUCUUUCUCGAGGACAUCAAGAAGCGCGGGCUCGACGUCCGCCGCAACACGGCUUUCGAGUCGUACAGCGCCUGUGACACCAAGACCGGUGCCGGCCCUCUGCAGAUCAACUGUCGCGCAAACGUGACCCAGGACCGUCGGACCAUCCUGGCCCAGUACCUGGUUGGCUGCGAUGGUGCCCAUUCGAAGGUACGUAGGAGUAUCCCGGAGGCCAAGCCGGUCGGCCUGUCACAGCCAGCUGUAUGGGGUGUGCUCGACGGCGAGCUCGACACGGACUUCCCCGACAUUUGGUCCAAGUCUCUGGUGUAUCAGCAAGACCUUGGUUCCAUCCUCAUCGUUCCUCGCGAGCGCAACAUGACGCGCUUCUACAUCGAGCUCAAGAGCGGACCUAAGAUCGACCGUCGCGAGCUCGGCCAGGAGUUUGUCAUGCAGCGUGCCCGCGAGAUCAUGGCGCCCUUCCGCAUCCGCUGGAACUACAUCGAGUGGUUCGGCCGCUACCAGAUCGGCCAGCGCAUCGCCAGCCGCUUCACCGACAGCCACAUGCGGGCCUUCCUUGCCGGCGACGCUAGCCACACCCACUCGCCCAAGUCGGCCCAGGGCAUGAACACGUCCAUGCACGACGGCUGGAACCUGGCAUGGAAGCUCAACUUUGCCAUCCGAGGCCUGGCCAAGCCCACCCUUCUGGAGAGCUACGAGCUGGAACGUCGCAAGAUCGCCCUAGACCUGGUCAACUUUGACUACGAACAUGCGAACCAGAUGGCGGCUGGCGACGCCGUCGCCAUGGCUGAGAACUUCAAGACGAACGUGCGCUUCAUCUCGGGCAUCGGCGCCGAGUACGGCGAGAACGCCAUCAAUAUGGUUGAGGGCACCUCGUGGGUCAUGGGCGGUGCCAAGCCUGGCUGCCUGUUGCCGCCGGCAAAGGUGACCCGCUACAUCGAUGCGAACCCGGUCGACAUCCAACUGGACAUUCCCAUGCUCGGCCAGUUCCGCAUCUAUCUGCUCAUGUGGGACGUGCAUCAGUCCCAGAUCUUCCUCGACACCUUCUGUGAUGCCAUGGCUGCCACACACUCGCUCAUGAACCGCCUCUCUGCUGCGGCCAAGAUCUCGUACGCCCUGCAGCCCCGUGGCCCGGCGCCCGAGGACAUCUACAUACGGCCAGAACGCUACACAAGUGUCAGCGACCUCUUUACCUUUUCGGUCAUCACCACGAUGCCAAAGAGCGAGAUUGAGAUCGCGGACCUGCCACCACUGUUGCAAGACAGCCGCUGGACGUUCUACCUGGAUGAUGUUCCAGGCCUCGACACACGCGGAGCACUGUGCACCAACAAGUGGCUGGGCAGUCUUGGACCGGGCGAGGUGGCGAUUGUGAACGUGCGGCCUGACGGUUAUGUCGGGUCCCUUGGCCGUUGGGACUCUAGCCUGGACGAGUCUGGCGUCGAAGCGGCUCAGUGGCUGGACAGAUACUACGACCGCUUCCUGCAGGUGCCAAGCUGA